AUGGCAAAAACCUCUGAAAGCGUCCACAGCCUCAGGACGCAGAAAGGGAUCACUCGAAUCACAUCGGAUAACGAUGACUCUAUGAUAAACAAGAAACUGCCAAAGGAACUUUUACUCAGAGUUUUCUCAUACCUGGAUGUUGUCAGCCUCUGUCGAUGUGCCCAGGUGUCCAAGUACUGGAACAUUUUGGCACUAGAUGGCAGCAACUGGCAAAGGGUCGACCUGUUUGAGUUUCAAUGCGAUAUAGAGGGCGUUGUUCUGGAGAAUCUGUCGAAAAGGUGCGGAGGCUUUCUAAAGAAGCUCAGUCUACUUGGAUGCCAGAUCGUAGGAGAUGGUGCUAUGAGGACGUUUGCGGCAGAAUGUAACAACAUAGAGGAGUUGACUCUAACAAACUGUAAGAAGAUUUCGGACAGUACGUGUGGAAGUCUAAGUCGGCACUGCAAGAAAUUACGGGUUUUAAAGUUGGAUUCCUGCGCGCAGAUCACAGAUAACUCCUUGAAGGCACUAGGAGAGGGUUGCCAGGGGCUGGAACAAGUGAACAUAUCCUGGUGUCACAAGAUCUCUGACAAUGGACUCACAUCCCUGGCUAAAGGAUGUCUCAAACUACAUCUACUAAUAGUCAAAGGCUGCCCCCAGGGUAUUGCGGACGAGGGCAUGCAGAACGUAGCUGAGGGCUGUCACAAGCUGGAGUUUCUCUGCAUAUCCGGCUGUACGGCUCUCACGGAUGCCUCGCUGGUGGCACUCGGGCAAGGUUGCACGGAGCUGAGGACGCUGGAGAUGGCAGGAUGCAAUCAAUUUCAGGAUGCUGGUUUUCAGUCCCUAGCCAGGUCCUGUCAUGAGCUUCGUCGACUGGACAUGGAGGAGUGCGUACUCAUCACAGAUGCUACGCUAGGCCACCUGUCCAUGGGCUGUCCCAAGCUAGAGAAGCUGGCAUCCGUGCAGGUCAGUGCGAAACCCACGUUAGCAACGCCCUGCGACGUUUUUUCGCCACGGACGACCGUGCACGCCAUCUGGCGGGGACAUCUGCCCCCGACGUUCGCCGGCGGAAAUCGGCUCGACGUCCGAAAACGUGCGAACUCGGCCGCGCGAGAAUGCGAGGUGGCGAUCGACCACCAGCAUGUGCCGAUGCGUCGUAAGUUUCAAGGUGCAGAUAUAGCUAUUAACGACCACGAUUACGACACCAGCUCCCAGUAG